AUGUUACUCAACUCAGUCAGAACUCAAUGUCAGAUCUACGGACAACGACAACUGUCUCUCCUGGGUAGAGUCACCAUCGUCAACAGCCUCAUUUUGUCCAAGGUAUGGUACAGUUUGCGCAUGCUGAAACCUACCAAACGGUUUGUAGAGAACUCCAGAGGUGGUCUUGCUGUUCUCAACCCUUCUCUUCAACAAUUGAUCCUCCAAAAACGCUGGCUCAAUUACCUCGUUGAACCGCAGAAAUAUCCGACUUUCCUGCGUCCCUUCAUGCUCUAUCACGUAUCACUGCUACCGGCGUCAUCAGAGUUUCCUUGCUUGGUCAUCGUAGAUGCUGAAUACCGCAAGUCCUCCCUGAUACACAAGGAUCUUUCUAUUUGGCAUUUUAUCUUCGUCAUGUAUGACUAUUUUGGUUUCAGUGAACUUCAACAAGUGGAUUUCCUUCCGGUCCAGACCAUCCUGCAAUUGCCUUUGCACAAGCUUCUCAUAGGCCUCAGCGAUGAUCACUGGCUCCGGCGUCAUCCCAAGUUUCCAGCAAACAAGUUCCUGAUCUUUGAUAGCCAACAACAACGGCUGCGUCUUCGUGUUGCUUCUGAAUAUUCAAGCUACUCGCUUCUUUGUGCCUCGCUCUAUCAAGAUAUUCUCAUGCUCAAAACCGUCAAACUGGUUCCUAAGGUGUGGCCUCACAAUACUACGCCAAGUAUCCUUUGA